AUGUCUACAUCCAUGCAGAACGCCCCCAAGCCCAAACCGCAUCGAGUACUGGCAUGUAUUCUCUGCCAACAGCGAAAGGUCAAAUGCGACCGCACCUUUCCUUGUUCGACUUGCGUCAAGCAUGGUGUGCAAUGUGUGCCGGCUACUCAGCCUAGACCACGAAGGCGACGAUUUCCAGAACGAGAACUUCUGGAUAGGCUGAGGAGAUAUGAAGCCUUGAUGAAGCAGAACAACGUCAAAUUUGAACCUCUUCAUGACGACAACAACAGUACAGCAAAGAGCUCGCCAAAUGAUUACUAUUCCGAUGAUGAGAGAAGAGAGGGUGAAAGUCCCCAUGAUCGGUCUGAGGAUGUAUCCGAAGUCAAAAGUAUCUGGCAAGCAAUGCGCCAAGGGUACCGGGAUCCCAACGACGCGUUCUACGAAAAUGUCUUCAGCCACGCUCAAGAUCAAAUGUCACCCAAUGACCAAGACAUGUUAUUCGGCUCACGAAAUUCGGCCGUUGAGCUACACACUCUACAUCCAGAGCCCGCGCACCUCUUCAGGCUGUGGCAGGUCUAUCUCGACAACGUCAAUCCACUUAUGAAAGUUACUCAUACCCCGACUCUUCAAGCUCGUAUCGUUGAAGCUGCGUCCAACCUGAAGGAGAUAUCACCCACCCUUGAAGCUUUGAUGUUCAGUAUUUAUUGCAUGGCCGUCCUUAGUUUAUCACAAGAAGAGUGUGGGACUAUGUUCAAGCAAUCAAAGGAGCAGCUCUCAACGCGAUAUUAUUUCGGAUGUCAACAAGCAUUGUCGAACUGCAACUUCUUACGAACUGAUAACCGAGAUUGUUUGACAGCAUUGUUCCUCUACCUUGUUUCCGUCCGCUCAGCCAGCCAUCCGAAAUCCGUCUCCUCCAUGCUAGCUGUAGCUAUCCGCAUCGCCGAGCGAAUGGGUAUUCAAAGCGAAGCAAAGAACACCCGGUGCAGCAUUCUCGAAGCAGAACUCCGAAGGAGACUUUGGUGGUCUCUUGUACUCUUCGACUCUCGCUUUAGUGCUUUAGGCGAUCACAAGCCAACGACCCUAGUCCCAAGCUGGGAUUGUGCAUUGCCUAUAAACGUUAGCGACUCGGAACUUCGAGAAGAGACAAAAACUCCACCAAAAGUUCAGGAUCAAGCGACAGAAGCCAUUUUCGCAAUUGUCAGAGGCGAGAUUGGCGAAUUUUACCGCAACAGUCCUUUCUACCUUGCAUUCACUAACCCUGUCAUGAAGCCUCUGGCUAAGAAGUUGCCGCCCGGUGGUGAUGUUACGCUGGAGAAGAUGAUUGAAGACAAAUAUCUUCGGUUUUGCGACCCGGAUAACCGUGUCCAUUACAUGGCUAUGUGGACCGCGCGAUCAAACAUCAUGAAUUGCCGAUUGAUGAACGAUUACUUGACCUACCUUGAUACAUCUACAGGAUAUACGCCGGAGCGACAAGAAGCCGCCGUCUUGUGUGCCCUUCACUGGCUAGAAUGCGACACGAAAUUAUCCAGCUCACCACUUACCAAAAACUUCCGAUGGUUUCUGCAGCUCCAUUUCCCGUUCCCAGCGUAUAUCCGUGUCAUCCAGCAUCUAAAAGGUCAGCCGUUCUCUGAUCAGACCGAAAGGGCGUGGAAGGUCAUGCACGAGAAUUACUCUGCCAGAGCUGCGCCAGACGCAAAUAUCCCAGCUCCAGUAUUCAGGCCCUUCACCAAUAUUGUGCUCUACGCGUGGGAAACAGUCAAAAAGGCUCAUGAGAAAGCUGGCAAGGGAACGACCACGCCAGAAAUUGUGGACUUUAUCAACGAAAAGAUUGCGGAUAUGUCAUUGAAUAACAACGAGCAGAAUAAGGAUCAAUGCCAGGGUGCGAUGGACAUGGAUGAUAUGUCUAUGCAGAUGCCAAUGGGAUUUGGGGACCCUGGUACGAUAUUUAACAUGGGCGGGCAGAAUUUCGGAGACAUGCCAGGGUCUUAUAUGGCAGAUCCGGCAUCGCUUACUGUAGAUAUAUCUCAGCUGAACUGGGGAUCGAUGGGUUGGGGACCAGCCGUUGAUGGGAAUUAG